UUUUCACAUUACCGGCAUUUCAGCUUAACUGCCGGGCGCAAUUUUUUAGUCGGUGGAAAAGCCACAGUGUAGAUUAUUUAAUAUUUUUUAUUUAUACAGUUCAUUUACACAAUGCCUGGAUAUUCCGACAGAGACCGCGGCAGGGAUAGAGAUAGAGGUUAUGGCGGUGGUCCUCCUCGCUUCGGGGGCAAUCGUGGUGGUGGUGGUGGAGGCGGCGGUGGAGGAAAGUUUGGCAAUCCGGGAGAACGGCUGCGCAAAAAACACUGGAACCUGGACGAACUCCCCAAGUUUGAGAAAAACUUCUAUCAGCCGCACCCCGAUGUGGUCCGCAGGUCACCGCAAGAAGUGGAGCAAUACAGGAGGGCCAAAACAAUUACAUUCAAGGGGAGAGAGUGCCCCAACCCCAUUAUCAAGUUCCACGAGGCCAGCUUCCCAUCUUAUGUGAUGGAAGUUAUCGAAAAACAGAACUGGACUGAUCCAACCCCCAUCCAGGCUCAGGGGUGGCCCCUGGCUCUUAGUGGCAAGGAUAUGGUUGGCAUUGCACAGACUGGUUCUGGCAAAACACUGUCUUAUCUGUUGCCUGCCAUUGUGCACAUCAACCACCAGCCUUUCCUGGAACGUGGAGAUGGUCCUAUUACCUUGGUGCUGGCCCCAACCCGUGAGUUGGCUCAGCAGGUACAACAGGUGGCUGCAGAGUAUGGCAGAGCUUCUCGCCUGAAGACUACCUGUAUCUAUGGCGGAGCACCAAAGGGACCACAGAUACGUGACCUGGAAAGAGGUGUGGAGAUCUGCAUUGCCACUCCUGGCAGGCUCAUUGAUUUCCUUGAGGCCGGAAAGACAAACCUGCGUCGAUGCACAUAUCUUGUACUGGAUGAGGCCGACAGAAUGCUGGACAUGGGCUUUGAGCCGCAGAUCCGUAAAAUUGUCGACCAAAUCAGACCUGACCGCCAGACUCUGAUGUGGAGUGCUACUUGGCCUAAAGAGGUUCGCCAGUUGGCAGAGGACUUCCUUAAGGACUAUGUUCAGAUUAAUAUUGGAGCACUGCAGCUAAGUGCCAACCACAACAUCCUGCAGAUCGUUGAUGUCUGCAAUGAUGGAGAGAAGGAAAAUAAACUGAUUCGCCUGCUUGAGGAAAUCAUGAGUGAGAAGGAAAACAAGACCAUCAUCUUUGUGGAGACAAAGAGGCGGUGUGAUGAUCUCACAAGGAGGAUGAGGAGGGAUGGGUGGCCAGCAAUGGGAAUCCAUGGGGAUAAAAGCCAACAGGAAAGAGACUGGGUUCUCAAUGAGUUCAAAUAUGGAAAGGCCCCCAUUCUCAUAGCUACAGAUGUCGCCUCCAGGGGUCUAGAUGUUGAAGACGUGAAAUUUGUCAUCAACUUUGACUACCCAAACAACUCAGAGGACUAUAUCCACCGCAUUGGCCGAACAGCUCGUAGCCAAAAGACAGGCACAGCUUAUACCUUCUUCACUCCAAACAACAUGAGACAGGCCGCCGACCUCAUAGCUGUGCUUCGUGAGGCCAACCAGGCAAUCAACCCCAAGCUCCUCCAAAUGGCUGAAGACAGAGGAGGUCGUUCAAGGGGAGGCCGAGGUGGUGAUUACAGGGAUGACCGCAGGGAUAGGUAUUCCUCUGGAAGACGCGAUUUUGGAAAUUUUAGGGACAGGGAGAAUGGCAGAGGUUUUGAAAAUGGACCAAACAAAUCUUUUGGCACAAACACACAGAAUGGAGGCUAUGGGAACAAUGCCGCCAGCAGCAAUGGCUACAAUGGAUCGAGCUACAAUGGUAAUGGACAGUCCAACUUCAACCAAACAGGGGCCUUUGGCGGUCAGAACAACUUCCAGGCACAGAAUGGUGCUAGCCACACCCCUUUCACCUUCCCCCAGACACAGGCCCCACAGCAGCAUCCUCCACCGCUGGUGCCCUACACCCUCCCCCCACAGUUCACUCAGUAAAUGCACCACACACUUGAAAGAAGUAAUUUAUUGCUUUUUUGUCCUGUUGAGUUUUAUAUAGACAACCCAGUUUUUUUUUGUUUUUUUUGUAUUUACCUUAUAGGGUUUCAAAUGUCAAUGUUACUCUGUCAAGCCUUUUAAGAUCUGCAGUGCGGCAAUAGUGGCGUUGCACGCUUUUCCAAUUAUUUAAUUUGUUACAUUCCUUUAGUAAUGGUUAUGUUUUGUAUUAGAUAAUUACAGUGUACUGUUUUUUUUUUUUUUCACGUAUCAUUGAAAGUGAUGUUAAGCUCCUACCCUGGAAGUGCACUGCAUGAUCUUUCAAAUUAAAAACAAACAAAAUUA